AUGGCCUCAAAUCUUCCCAAAACAAUGCUAGCCUGGAAGUUCUCUAGUGUCUCUCCUACGCUUGAAGAAAAUCUUAGACUAGAUAGACACGCGCCUCUUCCUGAUGGCUCGGCCUCUCUCCAAGCCGACCAAGUAUUGGUCAAUGUCCUCGCCGUGUCAUUAAACGCCGUUGACUACAAAUUCCCUGAGAUCCCUUUCCUCGGCCGUCUGAUUACGGGUAGUCCUUCUACUCCCAGCAUCGACUUCGCCGGUCGUGUCGCGGCCGUGGGCUUAAAUAAGGAAUCUACUACAGAGAACUUGCAAGUUGGCCAGCUCGUGUACGGCCGCCUAAAUGCGCCCACCAAGUUUGGUACUUUGGCGGAGUAUACAAUUGCGCCGCGGGACGGCUGUGUGCCAAUCCCUCCUGGCGUGAGCGUGAUAGAUGCCUCGUGUGCAUCUUCCGUAGGCCUAACAGCCUACCAAUCUAUUAUUCCAAAGAUCAAAGGUGGCGCGGGCGAGCGUGUAUUCAUUAACGGUGGUAGCGGCGGAUGCGGUACCUUUGGAAUCCAGAUUGCGAAGGCGGUAGGGUGCCACGUUACGACGAGCUGUUCGACCCCCAAUGUGGAGCUGUGUAAGACUCUAGGUGCAGAUACUGUGAUUGAUUAUAAGAAAAGUGAUGUGAUCGCCGAACUGAAAAAAAUGCAGCCGUUCGACCUUGUAGUGGAUAACGUCGGCUUACCAGCAGACCUCUACUGGUCUGUACCUCAUUUUACUAACCCUGAUGCACAUUAUGUGCAGGUUGGUGCGGUUGCCAUUACUCCCAGCUUUAUCUUAGGAAAUCUGUACAAAACAUACUGGCCCAGCUGGCUGGGAGGGGGUAAGCGGCCUUGGGAGUUUAUGAACCUAGUGAACAAACCCGAAGAUUAUGCAAAGCUUGGGAGAUUAAUGCAGGAGGGAAAAGUUCGCCCCUAUGUUGACGAGGUUUUUGGAAUGCAGGAUAAGGGGCCUGUGAGAGCAUUUGCAAAGUUAAGGACGGGCCGGACAAGGGGUAAGAUUAUUAUCAAGAUUGCAGACUCAUGGGAGGAAUAA